AUAACCCCUGAUCCAAACUACUUUGGUUACUCUUAUCUCGUAACAGAUCCGAAUGCAGGAAAUCCCUCUAUGUAUCGCGUAGAUUUACCACUUGAUAUCACUACUUCAACGUAUUGUGGUUUAUCUUAUAUAGCUCUUUUCGCCUAUAUGCUCAAGGUUGGCGCUCCCAGUGAUGUUCGCUCUAGGACGGAACUGAGACGCUGUGUGCAGUUCCUUUUGAUGUUUCUCACUUAUACCGCCACGUGGCUAACAUUCUUCGUAUAUCCAGUGAUUGGCAUACCUUAUCCGGAAGCCUAUGCUGUCACGACCGUGGUAUUUAUGUCAAAUUGCGGCAUAAACUCUAUAAUCUAUUUAGUCAUGAAUAGAGAGGUCGUGGUCACAGCGCCUGCGUUUGAUCUGAAAUGCACAGCUGCGAAGUAUCGUAUCGAAUACCACUUACCUUCAAUUAAUUAA